UUAAUCGAUCAAUCAAGUAGGCUGGCAAAUAAAUGGGUAAAUAGAUACUUUUUAACAAGCUAAUAAGAAUAAAAACUAGAUAGCUAAUGAUGUCAAAUCAAAAUUGUCUAGUUGUGUCAAAUAACUUUAUCAAAUACUGACGCAAGGUUGUUUAAUUAUACCAAAACUCAUUAAAAUCCUAUAGGAAUCAUCUCUUAAGUUCAAGCGAGUUGAUUUCAAAAACUGGAAACUCAAGCAAGUUAGUUUCAAAAACUAGAAAUUAUGAGCGACCCCAUGCCUCGUAGUGCCAAGUCCAUCAAGAGCAGAUUAGACACCAUAAACCAAGGUGAUAUUGACAGGAAACCAAGCAAUGUUCCCAAAUCUCAGUCCCAUUUCUUGGUGGCCUCGAAUAAACUAGACAAAGUGACUCGGCGUGUGAUCGCGCCCUACGCUCAGAUCGAGAGGAAAGGUCUCAAAGAGGACGAGGUCAAAGAAGGGACCUAUUUGGAUAUCAAUAGGUUCAAUGUAUUCUUAGAGGACACAGUAGACCUCGAUGCGUUGCUGUAUGAAACUGCUAAUGUUUUGAAAACGGUUACUAACAGUUCUGGAGUUUUCGUUUAUAUAGUGAACCAGUUGAAAAACGAAAUUGUCCUCAUGACUCCAAAUACCGUGAAUCCUGAGAGACACGAAGUCAACAUACCGAUUGAGGAAGAUAAGAUCGCAGCAGCGCAUGUAGCAGCGACCAAAGAGUACUUGGUGAUAGCGGACGUGAGGCGCGACAGGCGCUUCGCCGAGGGUCUGCGGUGGCUGGACGCGAAGGUCGCGCUGUGCAUGCCCGUGGUAAAGCCGGACGGGGACUGCUAUGCUGUGCUGGAACUGUACAGGACUUUCUCGGAGCCGUAUGAUCAUAACACACUGUACACAGUGGUGAGCGUGGCGUGCUGGGCGGGAGCGGCCGUGCACCAGGCACAGGCGCGCGUCACUCUGCAGCGCACCGCCCAUCUCAACCGGGAGCUGCGCGCGCUGCUGCAGAACUACUUCUGCGACCUGGCCUCCAUCGACACCAUGCUCACCGACAUGCUGGCAGUAGUAAAGUCGUUCAUUGGUGUGAUGCGAAGCAGCUUCUAUAUCCUGGACAAGGAGCCAACGGGCGAGCACGUGCUGGCCGACAUGUGGGAAGACGGCUGGGCCAACGAGAAGUGCACCAUGCCCAAGAAGAAGAUCAGGGUCAACCUAAGCCAAGAGCCGACACCAGCAGAACUGGUCGCCAAGACUGGUGAAACACUAAACGUUCGCGACGCUUACAAAGACCCUCGGUUCCCCAAAGAGAUAGACCCAACCACGGGUACAGUAGUCAGAUCCUGCCUGGCCGCGCCGAUUGUGGACAAGUCUGGAGUAAUCGGUAUCGUCCAACUAACCAAUAAGACAAACGCACAGCCUUUCAACUCUGAAGACGAGACCAUAUUCCAAGUCUUUAUCAGCUACUGCUCGCUGAUUGUGCACUUUUACAAUAUGCAGCAGAAUAAAAUAUACCAUGAAAACCUUAAUAAAGUUUACAAAGAUCUAAUGGCGUUGCACUUAUCCCCGUGUCGGCACGAUAUGGAUGAAAUCAUGGAGACAAACGGAAUUUUUCUACCGCCAAAUAAUUUCAAAAGCUUUGAUUACCACAUAAGCGAAGGCAGCAAAGAAGACAUGCCAGGUCUUGUCUGCUACAUGUUCAUGGAAACGUUCGCAGAUAGAAAUUUCGAGAGGCACAACGUGGCAGAAUUCACACUAACUAUCCUGCAGUGUUAUAGAAAUAACCCCUACCAUAAUGCUGAACACGCAUUCUGUUUUACGCACACGAUGUAUUUGAUACUGGUCAAUAAUUGUGGAUAUUUUGAUUUCGUUGAGACAGCAGCGUUGAUGCUGGCAGGACUAUGCCAUGAUCUAGACCACCCCGGAUUUAACAACAACUUCCUGUCUUUAAGCAAACAUCCUCUGUCACAGAUGUACAAAUCAUCGACGUUAGAGUAUCAUCAUUACUUCUUGGCAAAAAAAAUCAUUGAGGACAAACAUCUACUAAGCAAACUUCCUAUUUCUGACCGCGACCGCAUUUUGCAGGAGAUAAAAUACAAUAUUCUUUGCACAGAUCUUGCAGUAUAUUUUCAGAUAAGAGCCCAACUCACACCAGUUUUAACUGAACGUGCUUUUGACUGGACUGACAGUUCACAUCGCAGGCUGUUAAAAGGUAUCUUGAUGACCACCAGCGAUCUAUCUGGAUGCUGUAAGCCGUUCGGCGUAUCCAAGGCUAUAGCUGUGAAUAUUUACGAAGAGUUCUAUAAUCAGGGCGACAAAGAGCGUGCGAUGGGCUAUACUCCACUCAGCAUGAUGGACCGGCGCCGCAGCGUGAACCAGCCGGCCGAGCAGAUCCAGUUCCUGUCGGUGGUGGUGCUGCCGUGCCUGCUGCUGCUACAGAACGUAUUCCCCAACACCAGCCCGCUCAUCGACAACUGCAGAAAAACACAAGAAGCUUGGCAUGAAGAAAUAGAAAUGCGCGGACAAAAAUUGUGGAGACAAGAAAAUUCUAUUCAGAGCUCGGGGCGACUUCGCAAUGUAAUUAAACUUGAUAGCGAAUCAUAAUUGCUUAAAAUAACUUGCUUGCCUAUUAUU